AUGGAGGUGCAAGACAAGAAGGGCAUUAAUAAUGGAGAUGUUGAUCAUAUCUCAUGGUUAAGAGUGGACACAGAAGUACCUCUAGAUGAUUCUUUACCUGAGAAGCAUCUAAUGGUGAUCAGAUCCUACUUGGAGGUUGAACAAGCGAAUACAAUCAGAGAGAGGAGUCUUCCAUGGUUUGCUGAUCUAGUUAACUACCUCUCAUGCGGUUUGGAACCACCUGAAAUGGAUUCUUGUCAAAGGAAAAAGUUCUUUAAAGAUGUGAGGGGAUACCAUUGGGAUGAGCCAUUUUUAUAUGUGCUCAACAAGGAUCAUCUUUAUAGAAGGUGCUUAGCUGAGGAAGACGUCCAGCCUGUGUUACUAGAGUGUCAUGGUUCUGCUUAUGGUGGACACUUGAGGACUUUCAAGACAGUAGCUAAGAAACAAGAUGCCUCGAAUCCGAUCUUUGAGGUGGAUGUCUUUGAUUGUUGGGGAGUAGACUUCAUGGGGCCGUUUAUCUCUUCACAUGGGAACCAAUACAUUUUGGUGGCGGUUGAAUAUGUUUCUAAGUGGAUAGAGGCGAUUGCAAGUCCCGCAAAUGCAUCAAAGGUGGUGUGUAAGCUGUUCAAAAGCAUCAUUUUCCCACGGAAGGACUGGAGCAAGAAACUCGAUGAUGCUCUUUGGGCAUACAGAACCGCUUACAAAACCCCCAUAGGUACCUCUCCUUUCAACCUGUUGUAUGGGAAGAGCUUUCACUUGCCGGUUGAGUUGGAAUACAAAGCCUUGUGGGAAGUCAAGCUAUUGAACUUUGACAUCAAGACCGCUCAAGAGAAAAGGGUUCUACAGCUUCAUGAACUAGAGGAGAUCCGCUUAUACACUUUUGAGAGCUCCAAGAUAUACAAAGAGAAGACCAAAGCUCUUCAUGACCAAAAGAUUCACAAGAGAGAGUUCAAGGAGGGCGAUCAAGUGCUCUUGUUCAACUCUAGACUUAAGCUAUUCCCUGGAAAGCUAAAGUCUAAGUGGUCCAGACCAUUUAGAGUUCUUGAAAUGAGACUAUGGAGCAGUUGUUCUUGA